AAGGCAGGACUCUGCUGCUCCAGCAGUGGCACCUGUCAGUGGGAGGGAAGCAGCGAGAGACUGGAGUGAGUUUUGCCCGAGUCUCCAGCAAAGCUGGAAGCAGGCAGCAGCCACAUGGAGAUCUCCAGCUGCAGAGGGUGAGAAGAAGGCUGGAUUUUGCCCAUGCCUGGCUGGAAAGAGACUAUCAAGACAAAGCCUGGAAUGGGGGGAUCCUAGGAGGCCAGAGGCCAAAUCAUCCUCCCCCCCUAUACACACACACCAAACAAAAACAAGGAGGCACUACAGAGCUCUCUCUUAGAUUGCUAAGGAGGAGAGCAAAGAGGCUGAAGAUAUGCAGCUGACUCGGUGCUGUUUCAUAUUUCUUAUCCAGGGGAGCAUCUAUCUUCUGGUAAUCUGUGGCCAAGAUGAGGCAACAGAAGAGGAAGAAGAAGAAAAUGGAAAAUCCUCCAAAACUCAACAAAGAUCCCGAGUGCAAAAGAAAAAAGCCCAAGUCUCCCUAAAGUCCUCUGUAACCCCAUCUUACUUCCAGAACACAACUCUCUUAGAAUUGGUCUCCAGUAAUGCACCAGAAUUUUGGAAUAUCCUAGAUAGUUUGUCCAAGCAGGGACAAAGCAAACAACCUCGUGGAAGAAGAGAUUCCCUCACCAAUCCUAGUCAGUUCAAAAAAAUAUUUGGGUGGGGUGAUUUCUACUCCAACAUCAAGACAGUAAAACUCAACCUCCUAAUUACAGGGAAAGUGGUUGAUCAUGGGAAUGGCACAGUCAAUGUGUUCUUUCGUCAUAACUCCACUGGCCAAGGGAACAUCUCAGUCAGCUUGGUACCACCAAACAAAGCAGUUGAGUUUGAUCUUGAGCAGCAAAUCUUCAUAGAGGCAAAAGAAUCAAAGAUCUUCAACUGCCGGGUGGAGUCUGAGAAGGUGAGCAAAUCGAAGAAGACUACCCUGUGCACUUAUGACCCUUCUAAAACCUGCUUCCUGAACCACACACAGAGUCAGGUCUCUUGGGUUUGCUCCAAGCCAUUCAAAGUUAUCUGUAUCUAUAUAACCUUCUACAGCAUAGAUUACAGACUUGUGCAAAAAGUGUGUCCUGACUACAACUACCACAACAAUGUUCCUUAUUACCCCUCUGGGUGAUGACAUACCUCUUUUGAAUGUAAAGCAACUCAUGUCUCAAAUGUCACUUAAUUGAGAACUGGGGAAGGAAAGUAGACUAUGAAAAGAUUGAAACAUGCCUCACCAAUGCCAGGCAUACACCCGGCUUCUACUAAGAGACAUUGAGUUUGGAAAAGAGAUUGAGAGGACAUGAAUGGACAUAUCAUCCUUGAAACACUUUACCCUUUCAUGUAUACAUUUAGCCAAAAUAUUUCAGUGCUUAUGGUGGAAAGCCCACACUGCGCUUUCAUUUCAUCAUUGUUAUUUAACAAGUGAUGUAAUCCAUCAGGGGUACUACUGUUGAGGUUGUAUCUGUCAACAGCCACAUGUGGGGGAAGUAAUCUGUAGGAGGUCAUGCAUUAAAAAUGCAUAAGACUCAAGCAAACAAUGGUCAUGGUCAGAGUCAAAAGUGGAAGAGGCCACAUUUUGCCUUUUGACGUAUCUUUUACUCUUUUUGUUAUUGCUUUUUCUAGUUCCCCUUUGCUUCUUUCUCAGUAUCCAUGUGACUGAUGCUAAGAGAAAUCUAAACUGGUCAGAGAGUUUUGGGAUCGUUCAUAGAAAUUAGAUGACUGUGCCACAUUGUUGAUUGGGUUCUGUUUAACAUUUUUCCCCAUAACAGGGACCCCCAUGGGUCACAUGGGGAGGAUAUCAGGGUUCCAGAUGGGAGGGAUCCAAUGGCACCUUGGUAGAAAUAAACUAUUUAUUUUACCCCAUCCACUUCCUUGCCUGAGCACUUCACCAUCUCAUCCAUCCCUCACAUUUUAUCCAGUUUUAAUAUUACUAAGUUUAAUUUUAACUCACUAAAAAUUAAUAGCCAGUAAGAGGAGUUGAAUAAAAAAAGAUUUAGAAGGCUGCAUUUAGGUAUCUGUAUCUGAGGUCCCAAAUGGUGCACUACAGUUUAAGGAAUGUUUUUCAUCCCUUGGGAUUGAUAUGUCUAUUUCCCUUUUGGCCAUUCUUAAAAAUAGUGAAAAUUUUUCUGCUUCCCCAGUUUCCCCUCUCUACCCAUGGUUCCUGAAAAUUUCUAAGUCUGAAACUAGAAAAUUGAAUAGAAACACUAGAACAUACAGAAUUCCAAAGGGCACUGCAGGGACAUGUUAUACAUGAUCGAUUACUUGACAUAGUGGUAUAAAACCUGAUCCUUUAGCUCUAAUCCUUUUUAAUACUAUUGCCCUAAGCCUCUCUCCCAAUCACUAACUGGAACCAAUAUAUAGCCAGAUCCUAACUGCAUUCUUAUGGGUGAGUUUUUCUUAAGUAGAGCACAAAUAUAGUUUAUGUGCUGCGAUGAUGUCUCUAUCAAAACACUGAGGGUUUGGGACUGGUAGUGCCAGAGAAAAUAAAAGUUACCCAAAUGGAAUCAUAGUGUUGUUCCUUUGAUUUAAAUUAAUCUUAAUCAAUGAUUUUUUUUUAAAUAAAAAUAAAACAGAUUUGGCCAGAAUCUGCAGAAACAAACUGGGAAGAAUUGGAUUGGAGCUGAGUCAUAGCAAGAACUUCAGGACCAGUAGAUAUGACCUGAAGGUAGAGAAACUUUUUCACUCAUCUUCAUCUACUUGGUCUUGAGGAGCUCCCUGGAAUGUUGGAAGCUUGUAUCUGCUUCUUGAUUAUUAGAUUUUGCCAGCAUUGGAAAUUGCUACUUUAGGGAGAAAAAACCCAUACCUUUUCAAUUAUAUUCUUGUAAUGUCUCUCCUAAUGUUUGAGACAAGGAGGGAGAAAUGCUGUUUACUCAAGGAAGUAGAAGAGCAAGGCACAUCCUCAUGUUACUGGACAAGGGAAGAUUGAUUCAAAUCUGGGUGAAGCUGUUUCAGGGGAGAGAUAGCUUGCUUGCUAGGAAUUGUGAAAUUAGUCCUUGGCUUCAGCCUUGCAGAAUUGACACCACUUCUCUAAGGCAGAAAAUGUCAUAUUGGAAGAGACAGGUAGAUCUUCAAUUCAAGGAAUUAGGAAGAUGGUGUUGAGAAUAUACCCCUGCAUAGAUUUAAACACUGCAGAAAGACAUUAUUUACUAUUCCAAGAUUAUGAGAAAAUAUGACAGAUGGCACUUUAGAAAUGUCUUUCCCCAAUCCGAUAUUGUCAUAAUGUGUUUGACUACAAGAGUUAUCCUCAUCUGCAUGGCACCAAGUUGAAGAAUCCUAGUCUAAAGGCUACCUUAAAGGAUGAUUUGGUUCCAGCUGUAAAUGUUUUAGAAUGUUGAAAGAUAUAGGGGACACAUAGAGAAAAUUUCUCAUAUAUUUUGAAUAGAAAUAAAGAUGUGAAAAGGGGAUGGAGAAAGACAUACUAUGUGUAACAUAUGCAUUGACAACCAUUUCCACCUCACUGGUCAACCAUUCAUAUGUUGUAGAUUCUGGCUUAAUGGUCUUUGGAGAGUCUCUUUUUAGCAGGAAAUAGGCACAAAUUUGCAUGCUUGGGAGCCUUGUACCCUAUCUUUUUACCCUGAACACACAUCUACAUGUCUAUAAAAGAGAUUUAGCAAACCUCUUACAGAGCUUUCAGUCUUGGAUGGCUACGUAUUUUCUAGCUGCAGUUUUAAUAUUCUGAGAAAAGAGAAAUAACAAAGGAAAUGAUAGGGGGGAAAUCACAGUCCACUUUGUUCUAAUACCCUGUCCAAACAACCUUUUUUAAUUAUUCAGUUGCUGAUCAUCACUAUAUAGCAUUGCACACAUUGCAUGAAGGUAGAAUUUGGCGCUAUUCAAAUUCAGUUGGUAAGAAAUGUUACUGUUUCUCAGUUCCCAAAUUUAUGUUUCUUCCCAAAGAGAAAUUCAGUAUUUUUUUAUUACAAACAGAUAUACCUUCACAUCAAGAAAAGAUGCCAAAUUUUGCAUCUGUACCAAAUGCUUUCUGAUGCUCACUGGCACAGAAGCACAUGGGGGGACUGUGGGGGCAAUGAACACAGCAAGUAGCAGUCAUAAAGAGCUUCCAUGCACCUGGGCAUCUCUUGGUCCUCAGAAAAAGCAUCUGCAGCCUGCUCAAUUAAAAUAAAAUUAACGUUAGGGGGGGGGAAAUAAGUCCGUGUUAAGCUUCUAAAGAGCUCUUUGCUUCAACAAAGGUUUGUCUAAAGCAUUGCUAUGAAACUAUUUCAUAAAGCAGUGUGGACCCCCUUGCUUAUAAACAUCAACAAAGCAGCCACUUUACUUCAUUUUAUUUCAGCUCUGAGGCCUCUCCUGGCAGUUCCAACAGACAGAAAAGAUGUUCUGCACAUGCCCUAAGCAGACACAAAACCUCUAAUGGCUGUUGGAAUGGCUGGUCCAAGUGAACCAUAUUGUCUCUACAUCUGAAGAUGAGCCUCACAUGCCCUCUAAUAAAAUUUUUCAAAAUUUAACUUCAUCAUCUUCACAUCUUAUAAAAUUUCAGGGAGCGUGCUCAAGGUUUCACAAUGUCUCACUGAAAACAUUACAAUCGUGUGUUUCUGAUUCUAGUAAAAAUGCAGAGUAGGGCUGUCACCAUCUCAGGAGAUUUGAUCUCAGGAGAUUACAAAUGAUUUGUGGGGGGAGGGCAACUUAGCCCCCAUGCGAUGUCACGUGGGACUUGAAAAGGUUGCUGACUGCUGACAAACACCGCACAAAUGUAGUACACAAUCAAGUUAUGGUUGUACAUAGGUAGUUUCAUACCUAAUAUAGCAAAUUCACUUGUAGAAAUAUUCCCUAGGAGUUCCUAAUUUAACUUUUCUGGUUUCAGAUUUCAGGCUUUGUUUUAACAUUAAACCUAGACUCAUUGGAUUACCCCAGACAAUUAAUUCUAAAUGGGCUGCCUAUGCGUUGAUGACCUACCUCAGAGGUUAUUAUCAUAAGAGGUGGGAUCAUAAUUUAUAGAAUCUUUGGUGCUAUCGAACAGCCUUCCCCAAAGUGAUGCCCAUUAGAAAUGUUGAACUACAGUUUCCACAAUCCCCAGCUAGUAUGGCUAAUGCUGUGAAGUUAUGGUCCCAUAUCUUUAGGAGACAUGAGGCUGUGAGAAAUUGUUAUUUAAAAUGUUUGGAAAAAGGUUUGCUGCUUUUUCCAAGUUUUAGUGCUGCUCCCAUCAGUCUACCUAACAUCCAUCUUUCUCCAAGGGUUCUUCUGCUUCUUUGUGCCAGAUCACUAUUUUGUCUACAAUUUGCUCCAUAAUUUCCUCUUUCUCUCUGAUUAAAGAAUGGCUACAUUGACUGUAUCAUGUAUUUAUUUUUAAUACUGUCAUUGAAAUGGAGAAUAAAGCUUCCUUCUGCAUCGCAGAGGGGCAGUAUGAAAA